AUGACGGCCGUGGCCUACCGCUGCAGUGUCUGUGGACACGACCACGUGCAAGGCGUCAAGUGCGCAGUAUGUGGUCACACGGGCAAAAGUCGCGUCUACGAGUGCUUUCAGCGACGAUACACUGCGUCUGCGUUCACGGUACAGCGACUCGACGAUCAGCUGCGCGACGGCAGUGGGGCGUUAGGCGCUGCAGUUGAGCGGACGAACAACGCGCUGUGGACACUUAUCCGACUACUGCGAAGACGGAUUUUCCCCUCGAUGGCAACUGAUGCACCGGACGAUUCGACAUCGCACCAUUUGGUCGCAUUCGUUGGGGACGGACCUAUAGGUGUCGCUCGUUGGCGUCCUGCUGUUGGUGCUGAGGAAGGGGGCGGAGAAGGCGGACAUGUGAUUGUGCUGGUCGAGUACGUUGGCAUUGUGGAGACCAAGCGGCGGCAGGGCUAUGCGCGGCGUCUUCUGCUUGCUGUCGUUCAGGAUGUCGAAGCCAGUUACAAGCGGCAGCCGCUGCAACCUCAAGCGCUGGUCGCGCCUGUGUCCCCGGACGGUUUUUCGAGUGCAGCUGUGAAGUUGUUCGAGUCGAUUGGUUUCCAGUCAACGUUUCGAGUCGAUGGCGGGGAGCAGAGACCGUUUGUGCGGAUGCAACUGCCGUGGGGUUCCUUGUCGCACGCUGUGUAG